CUGCAGCCACCUAUAUACGCAUACUUAUGCACUCUACCACCGUGCAUCUAUUUAAAGCAAUAUCUUUUGUCUUUUUGCAUCGAGGGUUUCGGGUAAGUUUCACAGCUGCGUGCCAUGAAUGGUCAUUUUUGGAAACCUUAAUGAUUAUGAUUGUUUUUUUAUGAAUAUCUCCUUUCUAUAGAGAAAAUUAAGAUAUAUGUAUGUUUUAUUCUUUACAUAUUGAAUGUAUGAUAGUUUUUAUCCGAAUUUAUUUGUAAGAAAUUGUUGGUAUCUGUGCGGUGAAAUGAUCAUAUCGAUGUUUGAUUUUAAAGAAAUUUGGGCGUUGUAUAUAUUAUUUAUAUGAAAGCUAUAAUAUACAUUUGAUCGUUUAUUAUGUUUAAAUAAUAUUAGGCGGUAAUGAGGUUAAUAGGGUUUAAUUACAUAAAAAUUCAAAAUUAUCAAUACAUCAGCUUAGCGCCUUUUUUCGAUCACUGUGAAGUAAGUUGCGAUACAAAUGGAAGCGACUACAUAUUGCUUCACUUCAGAUUGUAGUCGAGUAUAUACUUACAUACUUAGCCUAUAAUCUGUUAUAACCUAAUUUCAUCUGUCAAAAUUUCUAUCUUGAGUUACUGUCACAUCAUACAAGUUUGUUGUGUAAAUUGGUUAUAUUUUUGGAACUCUUAAAUUUUUACAAGAAGUGGUACGUUGGUGACGUGUUAAUAAAUAUCUGAAGCAAUAUUCGAUUUAAUUGUUGCUUAUAUAUUAAUUAUUAUAGCUAAAAAUACAAUGAAAAUAGUUAUGAGUACAAAGUUUCACUCUUGAUUCUAUUUUAUUCUUUCUAUUUUUCUGACAAGACACAUACAGAUAAGUAUUUUUUAGAAAUUUAUAGUCCAUUAUGUUAACCUUGUAUUUAUUUAUUAAUUCAUGGAUCAUUAAUGGAAAUAUAUGCAUAAGCAAUUCAUAAUGAUUUUUUGUUUGACAUUUAGAAUGACAACCAUCGAGUUGCUCGAGGAUAGGGUUAUGGAAUUAGAAAAACAGAUAUAUGGACUUGCAAAGAAAAAUGAAACUAAUGAUAUUUCAUUGGAGAAUCCUGUAGUCGAUAAUAUUUUACAUGUGAAUACGCUGAUCUCAUCUGCAAUGUCGGGACGAGAAAAAGCAAAUCUAAUGAUAAAACGAUUACCAGAAUUAAAUAAUUAUCUAGAUCCGAUAAUUGAAAGUUCUGAAAUACCAAUAGAAGCUAAAGUUCAAUUGUUACUAGCAAUGGCACCAGAAAUCAAGCAAAAUUAUGAAAUGUUGAAACAGGUGCAAGAACUAGUGCCCGUGUUAGAAACUGAUCGUUUAAAAAAUGUUCCAGAAUUGACAAAUAAACUCAACGAUUUGAAUCUAUCAUAUCUUAAAUUAUAUGAAGAUACUCAAGGAUUAAAUAAUCAUAUAAAUGAAGUUUUUUCCAAGUACAAUGAAGUGAUAACUAGUAUUUCAAAAUCAUUGAUUACUAUAGAUGCUAUUGUGACAGCAGCUGAAAUAGCAAAAAUACCCAAAAAACAAUUAGAUUAAGAAAGGAUUGCAUAAAUAAUUCAUAAGAAAAAUUGUUAUUUAUUAUUUCACGAAUAAAAUUAUUUAUAUUUAAAAUAAAACAGCUUUGUAUUCAUUUAAAA